ACAGUGUGAAGAGAAGCUGAACGAAACUUUUUUCCGUUGGAGCUCUUGACGAUAAGCCAUCAUCAUCAUCAUGUCCUGUGCUAUUGAUGAAGGAACCUACAUCAUUGAAAAUGUCGAGACAGAACGCUACCUGUUUCAAGAUGGAGAGAAGAUUAAGGGCAACCGAGGAGAUGAAGGUGGUUGGUUAGCCUCUUCUGGAUUUCAAGCGCCUCCUGUGUUGGGAGCUGAUGCAAAUUAUUACAAUCGUGCCUACUGGAAGAUCAUUCCUCAAGGCGAUGACAGGUACUUUGUUGAAAACGUGGAAACCAAGAGGUACCUGUUUCAAGAUGGAGAGAAGAUUAAAGGCGAGCGAGGAGACGAAGGUGGUUGGUUAGCCUCAUCUGGCUUUCAAGCGCCUCCUGUGUUGGGAGCUGAUGCCAAUUACUACAAUCGUGCCUACUGGAAGAUCAUUCCACAAGGCGAUGGCAAGUACUUUUUUGAGAAUACUGAGACGCAAAGAUAUCUCUUUCAAGAUGGAGAGAAGAUUAAAGGCAAACGAGGAGACGAAGGUGGGUGGUUAGCCUCAUCUGGCUUUCAAGCACCUCCUGCCUUGGGAGCUGAUGCCAAUUACUACAAUCGUGCUUAUUGGAAACUCCACAAGCAAUAGACUGACGACAACAAAAUGUCAAGUCGCGAAUUUUCCCUUGAAACUGUCUGAUUUUUUGCUAGCUUUUUUGUAGGCUUUUAACCAACUAAUUAGUAUGCCGUUGGUUUUGAAAAAUGUAAUUCGUUCAAGGUUUUGAAAGUAUACUUAUUUCAUUGCUAUGU